CUUAAUAAGAUUAGCUGUUCGUCUUGGCCUGCGUCAGUGCAAAGGGGUCAAUCACAGGAUUAACACCUUGCUUAGGAGUUACAUCAGUUUAUUACACUUUUUUCCCCCUCAUUACUUAGUCUUCCCCACUUCUGGCUCUUUGUGAGAUUUUUUUUUUUUGAUCCACCAAAGCAUGUUCAGCACCCGUUUUUGCAAUUCAGUCAUUGGAGUGGAUUUUUGCAAUGCAUCAUGCGGCUCUGGGACUGAGUCCGUCUCAUCCCUCAGCCACUGAAUGAAGCAUCUUCCAGGGGAAGAAGAGGAGCAGGGGCAGCCAGAGAAGUGAAGGGCAGCUGGGCCAAAAUCUUGCCUGCUGUGGCAGAGUCUGAGACUCUGGACAAUUUAUCCUCAUGCCACUUGUAAAUAACAAAGUAGGCGAUGAUUGCACAGUUGGCACAGACAAGGCUUUGGUUGACGGAAAGGCUCUGGUGAAUUCUUUGAUUAAGGUGGUAGCAUGUUACCGACACUUGGCCUCAUGUGUCGGUGGGUGCACGGACAGUUUGCAGCUACGGGAAGAAUUGCGACAAACCCGAGAAAAGGCCCAAACGUUGGCCGUGUCCAUCUGUAGUCAUCUGACCUCACAUCUUCGAAACAAGAGCCUGCCUGAGGGGCAGCGUAAGGAGACGGAGCUCCUCUGGGUGGCCUUCUCCUCCAGCCUAGAGCUCCUCCAUGUUGACAUGUGCAAAGUGUUCAAUGUGGCUGAAAUCUUCUCCCUGGCCAACACUGAUGCCCUGGUGAAAACUGGCAUACAAGGAGGAGGCAGUGAGGUGGCAGCCCGGGCACUCAGUGUGCCAGACCUGAACCAGGCUCAGAGCCCAGCCCUGCCUGAUGGGCUAGAGAGCCAGGAGCGCAGCACCAUGGAGCGGGAGAUCAGCCAAAUUGACCAGAUGAUCGAUGACAUGGAGAUGAAGGUCAACGUGAUGCGCUGGAUGGUGGAGCCAAAUGGGCCACAGUAUGCAGACCCUCUCAGCAGCACCGACAGCGCCUCCCUGGCUCUGCUCUCCGUCGAUGAGGAGCAGCCUGGACAUCAGCCUCUAUGCCAGCGCAGUCAAAUCUUUGUGCUCUUAUUGAUGUUUGCUGUUGUUUUGGUGGCAGCCACUUUGUCUGUCUGUAUUGUCUUUUUCUCAUGA